AAGGAGGAGCAGUUUUUAUUGUCGCCUGAGAGCUGCUGUAAUGGCGGUGUCUCGUCGCUCCUCGCAGCAGCAACAACAGCAAAGUACGUUACAGUCUCCACCGAGAAACAGCUCUCUUUCGGGCGCUCCUCCGGCCUCCCCGCCGAUGUCUUUGCUGACCUCGGCCGUCGGACCCCCGGAGACGGAGAGGGAAUGCAGCGGAGGGAUUGAGAUGGCCGUGGCCUCCCCGGACCUACCAGCCCCGGUCCUAGCGAGCAGUGCGAGCUCCACCACGACAACUUCUGGCGGCGGUAGCAGCGUCUCAAGCCCCGGCUCCGGAGCCACGAGUCCCACCGACGGCAGCAGUGGCAUCGGCGGGGCUUUCCGGGAGCUGUUCGAGGCUUGUCGUAACGGAGAUGUGUCCAGAGUGAAGAGACUCGUCGAUUCGGUGAACGUAAACGCGAAGGACAUGGCUGGUCGAAAAUCAACUCCCCUUCAUUUCGCUGCGGGUUUUGGUAGAAAAGAUGUGGUGGAGCACCUCCUGCAGACGGGGGCCAAUGUUCACGCCAGGGAUGAUGGAGGUCUUAUCCCCCUGCAUAAUGCCUGCUCUUUCGGACACGCAGAAGUUGUCAGCCUCCUCUUGUGUCAAGGUGCAGACCCCAACGCUAGAGAUAACUGGAACUACACUCCGCUACACGAGGCUGCCAUCAAGGGGAAGAUAGACGUGUGCAUUGUAUUACUCCAACAUGGAGCAGAUCCGAACAUCCGCAAUACUGAUGGCAAAUCUGCUCUGGAUCUAGCUGAUCCUUCAGCCAAGGCUGUGCUGACAGGUGAAUACAAGAAGGAUGAACUUCUAGAAGCAGCAAGGAGUGGAAAUGAAGAAAAACUGAUGGCGCUGCUGACUCCAUUAAAUGUCAACUGUCAUGCCAGCGAUGGCCGCAAGUCAACAUCCCAAAAAAUGCUGUCGACGCCCCUUCACCUGGCUGCCGGCUACAACCGGGUCCGCAUCGUUCAGCUUCUUCUACAGCACGGAGCUGAUGUUCACGCCAAGGACAAAGGUGGGCUGGUUCCUCUUCACAACGCCUGCUCGUACGGUCACUUUGAGGUCACUGAACUUCUGCUCAAACAUGGAGCCUGUGUGAACGCCAUGGACUUGUGGCAGUUUACUCCCCUUCACGAGGCGGCGUCCAAGAACCGAGUGGAGGUCUGCUCCUUGCUGCUGAGCCACGGGGCCGAUCCCACCCUGCUGAACUGUCACAGUAAGAGCGCUGUGGACAUGGCCCCGACUCCGGAACUUAAAGAAAGACUCACCUAUGAGUUCAAAGGUCACUCGUUGCUGCAGGCCGCCCGGGAGGCCGACAUGGCCAAAGUGAAGAAGACACUGGCUCUAGAGAUCAUCAGCUUCAAACACCCUCAGACCAACGAGACAGCUCUGCACUGUGCUGUGGCUUCCCCACAUCCUAAGAGGAAGCAGGUGACUGAGUUGUUGCUGCGUAAAGGUGCCAACAUCAAUGAGAAGAACAAAGACUUUAUGACUCCAUUGCAUGUCGCUGCUGAGAGAGCUCACAAUGACAUCCUGGAGGUGCUGCAGAAACACGGAGCAAAGGUGAAUGCCGUGGACACACUAGGUCAAACAGCUCUUCACAGAGCGGCGUUGGCCGGUCACAUCCAGACCUGCAAGCUGCUGCUGAGCUACGGAGCCGACCCCUCCAUCGUGUCCCUACAGGGUUUCACCGCUGCUCAGAUGGGUAACGAGGCCGUACAGCAGAUUCUUAAUGAAAAUGUUCCCACACGCAAUUCUGAUGUGGACUAUAGAUUUCUGGAAGCAGCCAAAGCAGGAGAUCUGGACACGGUACAACAACUUUGCACCCCCCAGAAUGUAAACUGCAGGGACUUGGAAGGCCGCCACUCCACUCCUCUCCACUUUGCGGCUGGUUACAACCGAGUGGCUGUCGUUGAAUACCUGCUACACCACGGAGCUGAUGUUCAUGCCAAAGACAAGGGCGGUCUGGUUCCCCUCCACAACGCAUGCUCCUACGGUCACUAUGAGGUGGCUGAGCUGCUGGUCAGACACGGAGCUUCAGUCAAUGUGGCCGACCUUUGGAAGUUCACCCCACUUCAUGAGGCUGCAGCCAAAGGAAAAUAUGAGAUCUGCAAACUGCUGCUCAAACAUGGAGCCGACCCAUCCAAGAAGAACCGUGAUGGCAACAUGCCAUUGGACAUGGUGAAGGACGGAGACACAGACAUCCAGGACCUGCUGAGGGGUGAUGCCGCCCUGCUAGACGCUGCCAAGAAGGGCUGCCUGGCUCGAGUCCAGAAACUGUGCUCCCCAGAAAACAUCAACUGUAGGGAUACACAAGGACGCAACUCCACACCACUCCACCUCGCAGCCGGCUACAACAACCUUGAGGUGGCAGAGUAUCUGCUGGAGCAUGGGGCUGAUGUCAACGCCCAGGACAAAGGAGGCCUUAUCCCUCUUCAUAAUGCUGCAUCUUACGGGCACGUGGACAUUGCAGCUCUACUGAUCAAGUACAAUACGUGUGUGAACGCUACAGACAAAUGGGCUUUCACCCCUCUCCAUGAAGCAGCUCAGAAGGGUCGUACGCAGCUCUGUGCGCUGCUGCUGGCUCAUGGAGCCGACCCCACCAUGAAGAACCAAGAGGGCCAGACGGCUCUGGACCUGGCCACGGCUGAUGAUAUCCGAGCCCUGCUGAUGGACGCUAUGCCACCAGAUGCCCUGCCCAGCUGCUUCAAGCCUCAGGCCACAGUGGUCAGCGCCUCCGUCAUCUCUCCUGCCUCCACGCCGUCUUGUCUGUCAGCUGCCAGCAGCAUAGACAACCUGGCCGGGCCCCUCACAGAGCUGGCGGCUGCUGCUGGUGCUGGGACCUCCGGAGUGGCAGACGGAGCCACAGGCACUGACCGCAAGGAAGGAGAAAUGGCAAUGCUGGACAUGAAUAUAAGUCAGUUCCUGAAGAGCCUGGGCCUGGAGCACCUAAGGGACAUCUUUGAGAGGGAGCAGAUCACCCUGGAUGUGCUCGCUGACAUGGGCCACGAGGAGCUGAAGGAGAUUGGUAUUAAUGCGUACGGCCACCGACACAAGCUCAUCAAGGGUGUUGAGAGGCUGCUGGGCGGCCAGCAAGGUGCCAACCCAUACCUGACAUUCCACUGUGCCAACCAGGGCACCAUCCUAAUAGACCUCGCCCCAGACGACAAGGAGUACCAAUCUGUGGAGGAGGAGAUGCAGAGCACCAUCAGAGAACACAGAGACGGAGGCAAUGCUGGUGGUGUCUUCAGCAGAUACAACAUCAUCAAGAUUCAGAAGGUGGUUAAUAAGAAGCUGAGGGAACGUUACACCCACCGGCAGAAGGAGAUCGCAGAUGAGAACCACAACCAUCACAAUGAGAGGAUGUUGUUUCACGGUUCCCCUUUCAUCAACGCCAUUAUCCACAAAGGCUUUGAUGAGCGCCACGCCUACAUAGGAGGGAUGUUUGGAGCAGGGAUCUACUUUGCGGAGAACUCCUCAAAGAGCAAUCAGUACGUCUACGGCAUCGGUGGAGGCACAGGCUGUCCGACGCACAAAGAUCGAUCCUGCUACCUGUGUCACAGGCAAAUGCUGUUCUGCCGAGUGACUUUGGGGAAAUCCUUCCUACAGUUCAGUGCCAUGAAGAUGGCCCACGCCCCCCCAGGACAUCAUUCAGUAAUCGGCCGGCCCAGCGUUAACGGCCUAGCCUACGCCGAGUACGUCAUCUACAGAGGAGAGCAGGCCUUCCCGGAGUACCUCAUCACCUACCAGAUCCUUAAACCAGAGAGCGCAGCCCAGUCUGCUGCAGGAGCUGAGCAGAAGUCGUAGUUACUUUACGUUACACACACUCACACAGAAAGGACUCGAUGCACGUUAUUUUCUCCUUUGUAGUGCAAAUGCAUAAACACCUUUUUAUUUACCAAACACAUUUCCAGUCUUCUGUCCAGUAGAACCCAUGGUGACCAGUGCUUCAUGAGCAGAUGUGCUGUAUUAUACUCUCCUACUCACGGUGAUGACACACUUGGUUUCUUUCUUUUUUUAAAUUUUUUGCAUCGGCUGCAUGUUAAUACAAAAGCAUGUAAGGCCCAUUAGUGUGCGUGGGUUAGUUCAGUGUCUCUUCCCCUCCCUCCCCCUCUUCACCAAUCAGGAGGAUGCUUGUAGAGACUGUGAAGUAUCAACAGCAUUAACAGUUUGCCACUCUGUGUCGCCACAUGCCUUGUGACUUUGGAGAAUCACCAGGACCCCCCCUCUCCCCUCACGUCUACACGCACACAAACACUGUCUCGCUGUCCGAGCCUGAAACCUGUGGACUACUUCUACCACCCCACUGUAUCUGGGCUCAUCCUGUAUAGAAUGGCCUGCAGUAACUGUGAUUUUAAUGCUAACCUAUAACACUACCAGUCAGGUAACAGUGUGUCGUUGCUAUGCUGUAAUGCCGACUUCCCCAACUUUCAAUCCGAGAACACUACAAACACUGAGCUGAAAUGUUUUUAGUGGCUUUAUUCAGGGCUGAGUGAGAAAGGGCUCUCUGUCAAAUCGCAAAAUUUAAGACUAUUUUAUUGACGUCACAAUCUUGAUUUGUAUGAGAGAGGAUGUGUGCUCGGCAGUGCGUCGUAGGGCAUCAUAAAUAGAUGAAGGUGCUGUACAUUAAAAGCAUUAUACUGUACGUGACUGUGCUUCAUACAGUAAAGUUUGGUAUAUGUUGAAAUGUGCUCGUGAUGCCUUACAGCCAGUGAACUCAUCAAAGCACCCUUUCUGUCGCCAUGGUCUUACUCACAGACAUCCCACGCAUACGGAUUUGCACUUUUACAUAGAAAAACCUAUUUAAGUUAUUUUGAAUUUAAAUUGCAAAUUUGCGGAAAAAAAAAUAUUUGUACAGGUUGUGUAAAUGGUUGUGUAUAACUGUUGCUGUUUAACAGUAUCUUUGAGUUAAACUGUAAAUGACAUUGAAUUUUCCUUCCAUGCCUUGAUUCUCCCAUUAUUUUUUUUUUUAAAUAAAUGUCCCAUUAACAGUU